AUGAAAUCUGAAGAUCUUCGAAGAGUGGUACUGCAAAUGACCGAUGAUGGAAUGUCAUCGUGUCAAAUUGCUAAACAAUUACGAAAGGUGGUUAGUGAUCGUACAGUUAGAUGGUGGCAACAUUUAUAUAAAACAACAGGCAUAAAUGACUUCAAAAUACCAACUGGUAGACCUCGAAUUAUACGAACAAAACAUCUUAUACGAAAGGUGAAACAAAGGUUUACUUAUAAAGGUCGACGAAGUGCAAGACAAUUAUCAAAAUCGCUUGGGGUUUCCAGGGGAACAAUGGGUCGCAUAAUUCGAGAAGAUCUUCCUUUACAUACUUAUCCUGUUACAACCCAACCAAAUCUCCAGGACUACCACAAACAACGAAGAAUAUCAUUUACAUACUGGGUACGAAAAUCGUUAAGAAAAAAAGAUCAUCGUAAAAUUUUAUUUACUGAUGAAAAAUAUUUUGGAUUGAACGGUAUAUUUAAUCGUCAAAAUGACCGUGUUUAUGCUCCAAGUCGACAGGAAGCAGAUGAACAUGGGGGAAUAAAACCAAUAUCAAAAUUUCCAAAAAGAAUUAUGGUAUUGUUAGGUACAUGUAAAAACGGUCUUACAACUCCAAUUAUAUUUGAACCUGGUGAAACAUUAACACAUUCAAAUUAUAUUGAAGUUGUUCUUCCGCAUGCAUUAGCUGAAGGUCGACAUCUAUUAGGUGAUGAUUUCAUUUAUCAACAAGACAAUGCAACGCCACACACGCAUAAAAAUUCAUUAGCAUGGAUCAAGAACAAAUUCACCAGAUUCAUCGAUGAAAAUAAAUGGUCACCUAAUAGUCCGGAUCUCAACAUUUUGAAUUAUUAUGUAUGGGACGCUAUCGGCCACAAUAUGCACUGGGAGAAAGUCAAAAAUUAUAAUUCUUUAAUUGAAGAAAUAAAACAAGGUAUUAGUCGUGUACCAAAAACUGGUGUAGUUCGCAAUGUGAAAAACUGGUCAAGUAGAAUUUUGUCAAUUUUAAAAACAAAAGGUGCUUAUGUUAAAUAA